AUGUCCAUUGACGAAUAUGAAGUUCCCAAGACCACCUCCGGUGGCCUGCGCAUCUUGGCAGUGCCGUCGCUGUCGUGUCAGUCCGAAGGGGCGGACUACUCCAACGUUCUGGACACUCUGCACGCCAACUUUUUCGCCACGUGUCGGUCGCUGGAAGACCCUGAUCGGUCCACGAUCAUGGAACACGAUCGUGGGUCGAUGGCGUUUAUGACGUGGGAAACCACCGGUCUGCUGGUGCAAUAUGCCUUGAGUGGAUUUGCGAUCGGAGCGUUGGAUCUGUUUGUGCAUCACAGAGCUCCAGCGUUGGCCCCACUGCUUUCCAUCUUGUCGUGGACGUGCAGCCUUCUCGUGGGUGGUCUCAGCGACGCCUGUCACCGCCGUCGCCGCCCCUUUCUCGUGCUGGGAUGGUUGCUUUGUGGUACAGCCUCCGUCGUCGUACUAGCCCUUGACGACACAAUCAGCACCAAUCAACCAAACAACUCCACCUUGUCCGGGAUCGUCGGCGUCGCAGCUUUGGUGGCUACCGCGGGCAUGACCACUGUAACGACAGCGAUUGAAGCAUGGGUAGUACAAUUGGCUCAACGCGAAUCGUUCGUCGAACGAGGCCGCCUCCAAUCCUCAGCGUUCGCCGCACGAUACAUGCUCACUGCCGUGUCUGUCCAAGCUUUUGGAUGGGUGUCGUCGUCGUCGCCUCCGUCCAUCACGCCGAAGUCGCAGCUACAGCCGUGGGACGGCCGCACUGUCCAAACCGGCUACGUCAUUGUGGCGGUGGUGUGUGUGUUGGCUAUCGUAGCAGGGCUGCGAAUGCGUGACCAACCGUUUGAACAACCCAACAGGUUGAGCUUGCCGUUCUGGCAUCUCGCCCGCCAAAGCUUGUUUCACUUGCCGCUUACGUGGCAAGUGACUGCGUUUUGGUUCUGUCACUCUCUCUGUUGGCCACUCGUGGAGACCCCCCAGGUAGCCACCAUCGACACAACAUCUUCGACUUCCUACGGUGUAGCCACCGGCUACCACCUCUGUCAAGCACUGAUGGUCUUUGGCGUGGGCUUUGCUGCUCGCCAGAAGUCGUGGAGAUGGACGCUAGCCCUGGCUACGGGCUGGCUCGUCGUCGUCACCACUGUUCCAGAGCUGUUUUCUGUGUGGAAUUAUGUCCUGCGUUCCACUGACUUUGAUGGAAUCAUGGUCGUGUGCAGUGGGUUAGCCCACGGGGUGCCGCCCCUUCUUCGUGGGUUCGUCGCCGUCGAAAUGGCAGGCAGAGGCACGGAAGGUCUCACUGUGGCCAUGCUGGCCGCGUCGGCCACCCUGAGCCAUCCGUUUCACAUCGCCAUCCGAGCUGCGGUCGCCACUGCGUUUCCGAACGACCAACACUCUCCAGAAUCGAUCCUCGUGCUUGGUGGCAUCCCAAUGGCGUCGCUUCUGCUCCUGGUGCUUCUGCCUGCACAGAAGGAACACGUAUGUGUCCUCAAGCAAUUCGUCCAGGCUGGCUGUGGCGCCGGUGGGAUCGCAUUUACCGUGCUCACAACGUUCGUUUGCGCGGCCAACGUGGUGCUGAAUGUGCAAACCUCCAUCAGGCUACCGAAUGGAAGGUAG